GCAAGAUGGAGGAAUUGACCGUCAAGCGGGUACGCCAGGCGGCGGAGAAGGCCAUCAAUCUGGAGGAGGGCUUUUACAAGACGCAGGGGAACUGGAAGUCCCGCAGUGAGGAGAUUAUUAAGGAUCAGGUGGAAUCGGAGGAGAAUGAAGCCCCAGAAUCAGCGCCGGAGGAAGACGCCGCGUCUGCCUCGGAAGAUGUCGAACCUGCCAAACCCUCUAAACCCGCCAAGAGGUCGAAACCGACGAAACCUGCAGCAUCGCGUAAGAAACGCAAGACGAGUGCAUCGGAAUCUGAGGAUGGAGAUGCAGGGGCCGAGGAACUGAAUGGGGAUGAUGAGGAGGAGGAGGAGGAGGAGAUAAAGAAGCCUGCGAAGGAACCGUCGCCAAAGACUUCUGAAGAUUACGUGCAGGACGACUCCGAAGCCGAGGGCGAGGAGGCCAAAUCCGAAGAGAAGCCGGACGAAACCCCGAAGGACGAUUCCGAAAGUGAAAUGUCGGUGGUGCUCGACGAAGAGCCCAAACCAAAGCCCACUCGCAAACGCCAGAAAAGCUCCGAAGCACCCGCGCGCAAGGCAAAGAAACCGGCCCCUGCAAAGGGUGCCGCCAAGGCGAAGGAUGCAGACACAGAUCCCAAUCAAGCCGAGAUCAAGCGACUGCAGGGCUGGCUGGUGAAAUGCGGCAUCCGCAAGAUGUGGUUCAGGGAGCUGGCUCCGUACGACACGUCCAAAGCCAAGAUCAAGCACCUCAAGGAUAUGCUGAAGGAUGUGGGCAUGGAAGGGCGAUAUUCGGCGGACAAGGCCAACCGAAUCCGGGAGGAGCGCGAACUCAAGGCGGAUCUCGAGCUAGUUCAAGAGGGAGCCAAGCGAUGGGGCAAAGGCAGUGCCAGCGAGCAGGACAAUAGCGAUGAUAAUGCCCCGAAGCGGCGGCUGAAUCGGGGACGCAAGAGCCUGGCGUUCUUGGAGAGUGAGGGCGAGGAGACGGACUGAGCGGUCGCCGAUGAUCAGCGUACUGGUUGUGUAUGAUUAAACUGUUGCGUUCUGCCUGGAGCAGACUGUGGAUCGUAAUGUUUUCGAGUAGCGUCCGA